UUUGGAGGUGGCAUCAAAAUGGUGGACCGAAAUGGAUGUUUACUUUAACUUCUAAACAACAACAAAGGCAAAUAAUCAAGUACAGCUAAAUAUUGGCCUGGAGAAACAUCAUUAUGGCUUCUAAAGAGAAAAUCAAGAAGAAGUUGCCGAAAGUGGCUAUCAGUAUAAAGCCUAAAGAAAAAAAAGUAGAGGUUCCUCCUAAAGAAGAAACAAGAGAUCCUUUAAAAGUUAUUAGUGCACCAGAAGAAAAUAUUUUGGACUCGACAGAUAAGGACAAUGAAAACACAGGUGAAUCAACUGCUAAGUACAAGAAGGCCAAGAAACGAAGCCAGUCUAAGGAGAAAGGAACAAGAGAGGUGGAAAGUGGUAGCAAGAAGGAGGAGACAGAAACUAAAGAUGAGACGAUUUUGGCUGUAUCCACACCGAAGGAGAAGAGGCGGAGUCCUUCCCCAUUUGGAAAGAACUCUGUGGAACCGGUGAAAGACGGACAAGCGGGAACGUCAAAUCAGAUGGGAAGUUCUUCGUCCCUGCGAUCAAAUCUGUCAGCAAGAGAGGCAUGGACUGACCGCAGUGAGUCAGGUACUCCAACAGAGAAAGCAGAGAAGAAGAAAACAAGGCGUUCAAGUGCAGUUAGUGUUCUCUCAAUUUCUUCUGUAGACAAGAAUAAACAAGAAAACUCGGACAUAGUGAGUAUUAAGUCGGCUGCCACCCUGGAGCGUGAGGCGAAAGAGCAGCAUGCAUACAUCCCGUACCUAUAUGCCCGGGACUACCUGGUGCACGUGGUGGACGACAUGAAAGAUAUGAAGACGAAUCACAUCCGCAUUGUCCAUGAUAUCGAGUCGUACUACAAGGCAAUCGAAGAUGAAACCCAGUCCCAGUUUAACUUGUUUGUGAUCUGUUUGCGACACCAGUAUUCUGACAAGGUGAAGACGUUCAGACAGGUGAUAGACAUUCACAGACACGAGCUCGAAAAGAAAGAGACUUACUACAAAGAACUGAUUAAUAGUUUAAUGGAAAGAAACAAGCGGCUGCUUCAAGAUAAGAAGAUUUUGCUUGUGAAAAACAAAGUAGAAAUCGAUCGUGUAGAAAAAGAAAAGGGGGAAAUUGCUAGACAAAUGACAUUGUUGGUAGACAAGGCAAAUGCAUCGGCAACCACAGCGGGAAAAGAACAAGUCUCCAAAUUUGAACAGCUAGAGAAAGAAAAGCAGACAUUGCUGGAACAGAAAUCUGAGAUGCAAGUUCUUCUCACUGAAAAGGAAGAGAAAUUGCAUGAACUUGAAACAGCCUUGUCACAAGCUUCCGUAGUACCCAUCCCAAUUGUCAAGGAAACCAGGGAGGUGCUUUCUGCCGAGAAGAAAACGGAAACCUCGACCGCUGUGUUGGUUGGUGCGGUCGCUCUGGGGGAACAGGAGCGGGAACAACAGGAGGAAGAACGUCAUGACAUGCAGAAUGAGAGGGAAGAGCUCACUCAGGAAAGACAACUCAUGGAGGAAAGCCGGAAUAGCUUUGAUGAAGAAAGGAAGACUUGGAUGGAAGAGAUUAGCAGACUACAAACAGAUGUUGCACAACUUACACAGGAAUCAGCAGAAUGGAAGGCUAGUUUUGAGAGCAUGAAGUCCCAGGCUGAAGAUAAUGCCUCACUGUGUUCACAAUACCGGGUACUGGAGGACCAGUACAAGGCUCUGUCACUGAUUGUCGUGUCAUCCGAGGCAUCCAAGGCUGCAGCUGAGGAAAACAUUACUAAAGUGAAUGAAGAGAAAACUAUGAUGGCAGAGGAGAAGAAACGUCUUGAAGCUGACAUUAAGAAUUGGGAGGCUGAUUUCAAGAAGAAAAAUGGACGAGCUCCAACUGAGGAUGACAAACCUGAUUCAGCCAAGGAGAUGUACACGCAGUUUGGUGAAGUUGAGUUGAUGGUUAGCUCCCUGGAUAACAAGAUUGAUACUCUUGAACAUGUGAAGAGUGGGGAUGUUCCUCCCCCUCCUAAAGCAGCCCCCAUGCCGGUAGCAGUUCCUGAUCCUCAAGUUGUCGAGGUGAAAGUUCCUGAUCCAACAGUGUUGGCAGCAUUGGAGAAAAGUCAAGCAGAGUUAUCUGCUCUUCAACUGCAAAUGUCAAAUAUCCAACAGGAGAAAUCAGACCUUCACGAAAAGAUCAGCCAAUUGAACUCUGACCUCUCAGAAAGCAGACUUCGCAUAAAUGAGCUGGAAGCAGAGUUAUCUAACCUGCCUGCACAUGGCGAUACUGUCGACUCAGUAGUUGUAAUGAGUAGUCAGUCUGAAGAAAAAGUUGUGGAAUUGAUUACUGUGUUAGAAGAAAAAGACAAUGAGCUGGAACGUCUUCGAAAAGACAACUUGGAUAUGCAAAAAGAUAUGAAGAAAAUGAUUCGCAAGUACGAGAAGGUUGAAGCGAAGAUGAAGAAACUUUCCGAGUUCAAACAAGCCCAGAUUCUACUGGAGGCUGUUGUUGCUUUGGCCCAUGAAGUUCACAGAGAAGUGCCUGAUGCUGCUGAAAACGUGAAUAAACGACACGCGCAGGCUGGUGAGGAGUUGACCAACUUGAAAGACAGUAAACUGAAGGCACAGAAAAACAUUGACAACUGGGAGCAGAAAUUCAAGAAAAAACUAAAACGAGAAGCUUCGGAAAAAGACAGGGAUGACGAAGUGUCCAAGCUAUACAGGAGUCUAGAAGACCUGUCACAAGAACAAGAGGAGAAGAACAUCAGCCUCCAGGCUAUCAAUCUGUUGCAGACCGGCGUCGUCAAGACGACAGAAACUAAACAACAACGACCACAGUCUGCACAAAUCUCUGCUACUCCUGUUGAAGAUGUCGACCAGCAGCUGAGUGUACUAGAUGAAAAGGUCAUUGAUUUGGAGACUGAGAACGAGGCUCUAAAGGGAGAUAAGCAGAGGUUGGAAGACAAAAUAAAGAAUUUAGAGGAGAAAGUCAAGGACCUACAUGAACAAGUAGUUGCGGGAGCAAGCAUUGAGACUAUUGCACAGGAUUCUAAGGAAAUAUCCCUUGAAGUACUAGCCCUGCAGAAAGAGAUUGACGGUUUGAAUGCCAAUCUACAUAAAGUUGGUGCAGAACUUGACGAGGCCAGAGAUGAGCGGGAUGAAGCCAAAACGCAGGUCAUCGCUGUCAAUGAACAACUUGCUAAUGAGCGAACCGAGCUGGAAGGAAAAAUUAAUAAGUUUAAGAAAAUGCUGGAAGCUAAAGUGAAAUCACUAGAAGAGGAGCUGGCUUCCACAAAGAAGAGACUGGAAGAAGUAGAGGCGGCAAGACUUGCUAAUGUUCCACUUGACACAGCCAAGGAAAUAAAGAACUUGCAAAAGAAAAUUGCACUUCUGGAGAAAGAGAAAAGUGGAUCAGGUACUGCCACUGCAGGCCUCCAGGCACAGAUAUCGGAGCUGGAGAACAAGCUGGUCGUGGUGCAAAAACAUCUCGAAACUCAGAAGAAUGCUAACAAGGAGCUGGAUUUGAAGGCGAAAGCUGCCAAGUCUGAGAAGGAGAAAGCAAUCAGAGAUCUGACCAAUCAGCUGCAGAAGAAAGAAGAACAGCGAGCAUCACUGGAGACAAAACUGAUGAAUGCACAGCUUGGAAAGCAAAAAGUAGGAGCAGUGGUAAUACCAACAAAGGCUGGAGCUGCUGACACUAAAGCCAUGAAGGAUCAGCUGUCGACGAUGAAGAAAGAGAACACAGAGUUGAAUAUGAAGAUAAAACAUCUGGAGCGAGAGGCUCGACAGGGCGGGGCGGGUGGAGGUGAUGCUGCAGCUGAUAAAAACCUAAUAAAGAGACAUGAGAAGAUUUUGAAGGAGUUGGAGAAGAAAUAUGAGAUGGAGAAAGCCAAGAAUGAAAAACUUUUUGCCAAUUUCAAGACUGCUGACGAGGAGUUAAAACAAGCUCUCAAGACUGUUGACCAGCAAGUUUCCGAAAUAAGGAAGCUGCAGGCUGAAUUGUCUGCCCUUGGGGUAGCGGCUAAAGAAGGCGUGGAAGCAGCCAGCAAAGUGAAAUAUUUAGAAAAGGAAGUGAAGAAACUGACUGAGGAGAACAAAGUGCUUGUGGAGAAUUUCAAUAGUGAGAGGGUACUGAGGAAGAAGUAUUACAACAUGGUUGAAGACAUGAAGGGGAAGAUCCGCGUGUACUGCAGAGUCCGGCCGCUUGUUAGCAGUGAGAGAGAAAGAGGCAAUGUCUCUGUUUUGAAAUCUCCUGAUGAAUACACGGUACAAGUCCAGUCCAGCAGAGGUCUGAAGGAAUUCCAGUAUGAUCAAAUCUUCAUGGAAGACGCAUCACAGGAAAAAGUCUUCACUGAUGUGGAUACUCUGAUACAGUCGGCAGUUGACGGUUACAACGUGUGCAUCUUUGCAUAUGGUCAGACGGGAUCUGGUAAAACGUUCACCAUGAUUGGUGAUCAGGAACAGAAUCAUCCAGGCAUUGCUCCUAGAGCCUUCCAGAGAAUCUUCCAACUGGCUGAAGAUAACAAAUCCAAGUUUAAAACCAGCAUCUCGGUGUACAUGUUGGAAUUGUACAACGAUAAACUCAUCGACCUGUUUGCUAAACCUGGCAGUUAUGAUGAUGAACGAUUGGACAUCAAGAAAGACCAGAAGGGCAUGGUGUUUAUCCAGGGAGCGGCGGUGAAGAUCGCCACCAACACAAAGGAGCUGUUCGCACUGUUUGAAGAUGGAUCCAAGAACAGACACACCGCAUCAACGAUGAUGAACUCUGAAAGUUCACGUUCUCAUUUGAUUCUUGGGAUUGUGAUGGAGAGCACUAACAAACUCACAGGUCAAGUGUUGAAGGGAAAGCUGAGCUUGGUGGAUCUGGCGGGCAGUGAAAGAGUUGCAAAGACCCAGGCUGGAGCUGAACAGCUCAAGGAAGCGAUGUCCAUCAACAAGUCAUUAUCUGCGCUAGGAGACGUCAUCUCUGCUCUGAGCAGUGAGCAGUCGUUCAUCCCAUACCGUAACAACAAGCUCACGAUGCUGAUGCAGGAUUCGCUCGGAGGAAACGCCAAGACGCUCAUGUUCGUCAACGUCUCCCCGGCCGAUUACAACACGGACGAAACCGUCGUAUCACUCACCUAUGCUUCUCGAGUGAAACUGAUCACCAAUGAUGCAACGAAGAAUGCCGAGAACAAGGAAAUUGCCAGACUUAAAGCUAUAAUUCAGAAGCUGAAGAAAGGAGAUGCAGUAGAUGAAGAUGUGUAGACAACGACUGUUUGUGGCGUGUGCAUUGUGUAGACAACGACUGUGUGUGCGUGUUCAUUGUGGAAGCUACAGUUAUUGAAAGAAAUAUGGCUGUGCCAUUGUCAUUGUGAAUUUAAGACAGUUGUUCCAAGUGUUUCAACUUUAUUUAGGAAAUAUUUAUUUUUCAUUUUGCUUUGAUAAUCUGGGACGCUAUUAUAUUUUUGCCGUAUGUCAGUAUUGUUGUCUUACAAAUGUUUAUUUAAAUAAUUUUUAUACAUUUUUGUAUUAUUUGUUAUCAAUGAUUUUUCAAAAGUGAACUUUGAAACAAUAUCAAAAGAUUUUAAUUUUAUAUUGUUACAAACUAAUUUAUGAUUAUAUUUAUUAUUUUACAUACUAAUCAUUUUGUGAUGAUUGCAAAAAUCCCAUCAAAAUCAAAAAUUUUGAUUUACUAAUCAUUAUUUUCUAGGAAUGUACGUAUUUAAUAAGAUUUUAAAAAUAAAUGUUCUAGUAAUUUCAGUUAGUAACUCAUUUGUUGUUAUAGAGUUUACAUUUUGAAAUACAAUGUAUUAUUUUUGGUUUUAAUGUUUUUAUAUACUAACCAUUUUAAGUAAACUACUAUUUUGUACACAGUUACAUACUAAUAAUUUUGGUAAAUAAUGCAGUUGUGAAUUUCCAUUUCGUAAUAUAUAUUCUGGCAUCUAUGCAAUGUUUUAUGCAUUUUAUUUUUUAUAUUAUUUAAAUGCAUUCCGUCCAUAUUAAUAUAUUUGAAGUGAAAGUAAGGUUUUGUAUAUUAAAAAAAAAUUGCAUUUACUUGUGGCAUACAUUGUCUGAAAGUCUGUUUUUCACUUACCAAACAUAAUGCAUUUGACCAUAUAGGGAGUAAUAUUGCAUUUAAAAGUAGAAUUUUGUUUCAUUAAUAAGUGACGUUUAAAAAAAAGGUUUACAUUCAGCACAUUUCCUCCGACUUACAAAAAGGAUUAUAUUUGAAGAAAUUUUGUAUAGACUUCACACUUUAUCCUUUUCCAGGCUUCUAACUUCACUAAAUUUGACAAGCUAGGGACUUUUUACAAUUAGUCAAUUUAAAAAAAAAAAAUCCUUUGGUGGUAAUGUUAAGGUUAGAAAUGGAAUCAGGGAUGUGAGAGCUACAUGGAAACGCGUAAAUGCGUUUUUCCAUUUCGUCUAAAAAAAUCAAAAACAUGUUCAGUACUGUUGACCACACAAGGUUCAUUUGCAUGUUUUCACGGUUUCAAUUUUAUGAUGUAUAUUAUAAGUUAUAACCAGUUUAGAUUUUUUAGCACUGAAUGCAAUUUUUGGCAGUUCCAGAGAUUGCAAACAACAAUUUUCCUUCAGGGGCCCUUGAGCGGCUCCUGGACCCCAGCCACAGUAAGUUUUCUUGUUCCAGCCCCUUUCACGUCCCUGUGGAAUACAGAAAAUGUCUUAGAAGGGAAGAGAGAUGAGUCUAGGGGAUUGAGUGCAAGACAGGCCAAAUAGUAAAUCACAUCAGCACACGUUCAUUUUCACUUUAUUACUAAUAUAUCUGCAUUUGUUGUCAUUUAAUUAUGAACCAUUUUAUCAGUUAUAGUUUUCAUUCGUUUAUAUGCUUACUGUGAUACACUGUUGGCUUAACUGUGAUCUUUUAAAAUAUUUCUAUAAUAUUUGUUCUUUUAUUGGAAAUAAUUUUGGGGUUGUAUUUUUAUUAUUUUUUUACGUAUGUAUUUGUCCAUCUAUGGAAAUGCACUUUUGAAUAUAUGCAAAAUACUGGAAUUACAAGAUUGACUAAUCCAUUUAUUUUAUUUUUCUACUCCAUCAAUAAGUUAAGAGUAUAAUGUAUAAUAUUCAGCACAACUUUCGUUGUUAAUUUUUAGCUGCAUUCAACAUUGGGAUUCUGUUACAGUAAUGUUUCUUGUUUUCAAGAAGGUUUCAAUGUUAUGAUGUAGGAAAAUAUGUCUAAAAUAUUUUUAAUUAUGCAGUUAAUCAGUUGGCUUUGGGAGAACCAACAAUUCAAAAUCCAUAGCAUGUUUAUUAAGAUGAUCAGUUACAUGUAUUAAUUCUUCUCUCAUGUUUCAUGUAUGUCAUGAUAAACAAUUUGUGCACGUCUUAAAUUUGUGCAACAUGUGGUCAAUGAGACUAUCCGGUUUGGAUAUUCCACACAUCACCAUUGUAAUGCAUGACUGCAAUUAGUUCUGUCAUCCAUCAAAAAAUACAUGCAGUUACUUAACUUGACAUAUUUUGUUUCCAAAUAUAACUUGCUAAAGUUGAGUAUUAUAGUUGAGGAUUGAGUUACUAGCAGUCUAAGAUGUCAGUUAUUGAGAAACUCUGUGCAAUGCUCACAGUAUAUUAUUUUUAGGUCUUUGAAAGUCUUUAAAUUGUAGUAAAAGUCUUUAAAUUCUCACAAAUGAUAGCCAAAGCAAUGAUAUAUUUUACAGCUGCAUGCAUUUGAUAUUUUCCAGUUACAAGGUUUAAUCUGUUAUGAUGCAUUUUAAAAAGCUCAAUUAUUUUGUCAUGGACAGCAAUGUAAAUGAACUGAUUUGGUAUUUUUUAUCGCAUUCUAUUGUCUUUGACGGCUGUGUAAAAGUCUUUGAAAAUGGCAGGUAAAAGUCUUUGAAUUUGUUUGGUCUUUAACGCUAUGAAUCCUGGUUACAUAAAAUAUUUUAUUACCUCGGUGGUCACUCAUAACGGGAAAUAUUUUCCAUAUUUUCUCAGUGAGAAAUAUUCUGCAUUGGUGUAACGUAUAAUAUUAUUGGACGAUUUGACGCCUACAAACCAAUGAUAUUGUCGGUACAAAAUAUGACAUCAUCACAAUUUAGCAAACACAAAAUGACAUCAUGUAGUUUAAAGAGUUUGCAGUCCUGACUGUGUUUUCAGCAUUAAAUUUAUAACAAAAUGUAAUUUUAAUGCAGUUAUAGAUUAUUUUUAGCAGAAUAAAGAGAACUUUUGUUUUUGAAAAUUAUCUGUGAAUGUGAUUAGAAUACAAAGUUAUUGCAAUACUGUGAACAGUGUGGAAAGUGGUUUACAUCAUUUCUAUGCAUGUGUAAAAAAAAUAAAGGCUUUUAGAGGCAAAAUUGUUGGAGAUUAUUUCGCUCGGGACAUAAAUUUGAUAAUAACAGGUAACUUGUUUAUUAUCUUCUAUUUACAUUUUGCUGUAUACAUAUUAGUAAAAUAAAACAAAAUUGGCUUUUAAAUGUACUGUGUCAUAGAUAAACAAAGGUUUAGUCUUUAAACAAAUCUAGCAUAAAAUAUUUAUAUACCAGUUUUUAAAGCUUUGAGAAUUAUUUUCUUUUCUUAUCAAUGUUGUAUUAAUUCUGUGAUAUUUUUUAAGGCUGGUCCUUGAUAUAUAUAUUCUUAUUGACUAUUCACUACAGGAAGUGAAAAUGUUUUUUUUUGUACUUGGU